AUGCCCGGCCACUUAACUGCUUUACACUGGGCUCUCCAGGAGAUGGAAACGCUAAAAGAUGACGAUGUGGAAGUCGAAACAUAUGCCACUGGCUUGAACUUCAGGGACGUUAUGGGUGCCAUAAACAUUGUUGAGGCUUCAGAGAAUGGAUUCGGACAUGAAGGCGCCGGCAUUGUCCGCCGCGCUGGUUCCGACGUUAAGGAUCUCAAGGCCGGCGACCACGUCAUGUUCAUUGGAAACUGUGCAUUAGGGACGCAGUUGGUUGUCUCCGAGAAUCUUUGCGAGAAGAUUCCAGACGGAUUGAGCUUCGAAGAUGCGGCUACUAUGCCUUGUGUGUUCGCUACGUCGAUCUACUCCAUUUUCGACAUUGGGAAUCUGAAGAAGGGACAGUCCAUUCUUAUCCACAGUGCCUGCGGUGGGGUUGGUCUUGCUACCAUCCAGCUUGCCCAGAUGGUUGAUGCUGAGAUCUAUGCAACAGUCAGCAACGAGGAGAAGGCCAAGUAUCUUAUGGACACGUUUGGCGUGCCCCGAAACAGAAUCUUCAACUCUCGUAACACCUCAUUUGCCGAGGACGUUAUGCAGGAGACGAACGGUGAAGGCGUCGAUUUAGCAUUGAACUCACUGUCUGGCGAGUUGCUGCAUGUUACAUGGAGGUGCAUUGCAGUGUUUGGCAAGAUGGUCGAAAUUUGCAAGCGAGACUUGAUUGGUUCUGGAAAGCUUGACAUGAGUCCUUUCAUGGCCAACCGUAACUAUUGCUGCGUCGACUUGGAUCAGAUUUGUCUCAGGAAGCCGACUAUUAACAUUGUCCACUUACUCCGGGAGCGCCAUAUCCAUCCCAUUCGACCCAUUAAGGUCUUCAACUCUGAUGUUAUCCUCGACGCUUUCCGCUAUAUGCAGGAAGGCGUCCAUCUGGGCAAGAUCGUCGUGUCGAUGCGCGAUUCUACUGGCCAGAGACUCACCUACUUCGAUAACUUUGACGCAUAUCUACUUGUUGGUGGCCUCGGAGGCUUGGGUCGCUCUAUCUCCACGUGGAUAGUGGAACACGGAGCCCGUCACCUCAUCUACCUUUCCCGGAGCGUGGGUGCAGACAAGAAGCACCAGGAGUUUGCCCAAGAACUUACCAGUAUGGGAUGUCGCACUGAUUUUGUUCAAGGUAGCGUUUCCAACCUUGACGAUGUGACUAAGGCCGUGCCACAGGCUCAAGGCCGGCUCAAGGGUAUCUUGCAAAUGUCCAUGGUGCUUUGUGAUCAGACAUUCACCAGCAUGACAAUCAAGGAGUGGAACACGGUUGUCCAUCCUAAGGUUAAAGGAACGUGGAAUCUCCACAACACUUCCGUGUCUGCCAACGCGGACCUCGACUUCUUUGUUCUUUUCGGCUCCCUUUCAGGUGUUUGUGGACAGCCCGGUCAAACCAACUACGCUAGCGCCAACACUUUUCUAGACGCCUUCUCUCAGUACCGCUUGAGUCUAGGUCUACCAGCCUGCGCCAUCCAGAUUGACGCCGUCGAGGAAGUCGGCUGCCUCGCUGAGCACGAGUCGAUUAUGCAAAAGCUCAAUGCUGCCGGUGCCUUGCCCGGUACGGUCUUGGAAUGUGAGCUUCUUGAAGCGAUAGAGGUAACCACUGCAUCCACACUGAGCAAGUCGCGGCUCACUGCCUCAAACAACUUCUGCCUUGGGCUCCGAUCCAGCCUGCCCCUGAGCGAUCCCGGAAAUCGAUCCCUCUGGAAGAAGGGCACCCGAAUGACGGCCUUCCACAAUAGUGGAGAGACCAGCACCACGUCAGGCUCUGCCUCCAGCGACGACCUGGAGACCUUCGUCACCGCGGCUAAGGGUGAUGUCGCCUUACUAGGUCAGCCCAAUUCAGCUCAUUUUCUCGCUGUCGAAAUCGGAAAAAAAGUGCUUAGCCUUUUGCUGAAACUAGAAGAAGGCCUGCAGAUGUCGUGCUCUCUGUUUGAUGUGGGAAUGGGGUCCCUCGUUGUGAUUGAGCUAUGA